AUGGCUGCGCUCGCCGGUCGAGCUCCGGUCUUGCUCCGACAUGGUCGCCGCGUGCCCCGAUCUCUUCCCGCCCGCGCCUUCACCACCGCGUCCCUGAGGGCGCCGGGUCGCUUUUCUGAGUCUUCAGUCCUGCCCAAGCAGACGAAGCGCCUCGGCACAAUUUCCAUUGUGCGCCCCUACAGCUCCACCGCCGAGGCCGCCCCCAACCCCAAGGCCUACCUCGAGAGCGGCGUCAUCAAGCCUAAGCAAAAGGUCGACGUCAAGAAGGUCCUUGUCAUUGGCAGCGGUGGCUUGGCCAUUGGUCAGGCUGGCGAGUUUGACUACUCAGGAUCGCAAGCCCUCAAGGCCCUCAAAGAGGCUGGCGUGGCCUCUGUUCUCAUCAACCCCAACAUUGCCACCAUCCAGACCAACCAUACCCUCGCCGAUGAGGUCUACUACCUGCCGGUAACUCCCGAGUACGUCACCUAUGUCAUCGAGAAGGAGAAGCCCGAUGGCAUCUUCCUGUCCUUCGGUGGCCAGACCGCCCUGAACCUGGGUGUCGAGAUGCAGCGCCAGGGUCUGUUCGAGAAGUACGGCGUCAAGGUCCUCGGCACCAGCGUCCGAACCCUCGAGCUCAGUGAGGAUCGUGACCUGUUCGCCAAGGCCCUCGAGGAGAUCAACAUCCCCAUUGCCAAGUCGAUUGCUGUCGGCACGAUCGAGGAGGCCCUCGACGCCGCCGAGAAGGUCGGCUACCCCAUCAUUGUUCGUGCUGCCUACGCCCUGGGAGGUCUCGGCUCCGGCUUCGCCAACAACGAGGAGGAGCUCCGCAACAUGGCUGCCCGCUCCCUGACCCUUUCGCCUCAAAUUCUUGUCGAAAAGUCACUCAAGGGCUGGAAGGAGGUCGAGUACGAGGUCGUGCGCGAUGCGAACAACAACUGCAUUACCGUCUGCAACAUGGAGAACUUCGAUCCCCUCGGCAUCCACACUGGCGACUCCAUCGUCGUCGCGCCUAGCCAGACGCUCAGCGACGAGGAGUACCAUAUGCUUCGCUCUGCUGCCAUCAAGAUCGUCCGUCAUCUGGGCGUCGUCGGCGAGUGCAACGUUCAGUACGCCUUGCAGCCUGACGGUCUCGACUACCGCGUCAUCGAGGUCAACGCCCGUCUCUCGCGAUCCUCUGCUCUGGCCUCCAAGGCCACUGGCUACCCGCUGGCUUACACGGCUGCCAAGAUUGGCCUGGGCCACAGCCUUCCCGAGCUCCCCAACGCUGUCACCAAGACCACUACCGCCAACUUCGAGCCUUCCCUGGAUUACAUCGUCACCAAGAUUCCCCGAUGGGACCUGUCCAAGUUCCAGCACGUCAAGCGCGACAUCGGCAGCGCCAUGAAGUCUGUCGGCGAGGUCAUGGCCAUCGGUCGUACCUUUGAGGAGUCUUUCCAGAAGGCCAUCCGCCAGGUGGACCCCCGCUUCGUCGGCUUCCAGGGCGACAAGUUUGAGGAUCUCGACUUUGAGCUGCAAAACCCCACCGACCGUCGCUGGCUCGCAGUCGGCCAGGCCAUGCUCCACGAGAACUACUCUGUGGACAAAGUGCACGACCUGACUAAGAUUGACAAGUGGUUCCUGUACAAGCUCCAGAACAUCGUCGACUGCACCCGCGACCUUGAGGCCACCGGCAGCCUCCAGGGCCUCAAGAAGGACCAGAUCCUCCAGGCCAAGAAGAUGGGCUUUUCCGACCGACAGAUUGCCAUGGCCGUCAAGAGCACUGAGGACGAGGUCCGUGCGCUCCGUCUCAGCUUCAACAUCCGUCCUUGGGUUAAGAAAAUCGACACCCUGGCCGCCGAGUUCCCGGCGGACACCAACUAUUUGUACACGACGUACAACGGCUCGUCGCACGACGUUACCUUCGAGGACAAGGGCACCGUCAUCUUAGGCAGUGGUGUCUACCGCAUCGGUAGCUCCGUCGAAUUUGACUGGUGCGCCGUCAGCGCCACCCAGGCCCUCCGACAGAUGGGUGAGAAGACAGUCAUGAUCAACUACAAUCCGGAGACUUAUAGCACCGAUUUCGAUACGGCCGAUAAAUUGUAUUUUGAAGAGCUCAGUUAUGAGCGCGUCAUGGACAUCUACGAGCUUGAGAGCGCGUCGGGCGUUGUCGUGUCUGUGGGCGGACAGUUGCCCCAGAACAUUGCCCUGCGCCUGCAGGAGACGGGCAAGGCCAGGGUCCUCGGCACAGACCCCAAGGACAUCGACAAGGCCGAGGAUCGCCAAAAAUUCUCUGAGAUCCUCGACAGCAUCGGUAUUGACCAGCCCGCCUGGAAGGAACUCACGUCGGUCAAGGCCGCCGAGGACUUCGCCGACGAGGUUGGCUACCCUGUGCUUGUCCGUCCUAGCUACGUCCUUUCCGGUGCUGCUAUGACCGUCAUCCGAAGCCAGGAGGACCUCAAGGACAAGCUCGAGGCCGCCAGCAGCGUCUCCCCCGACCACCCCGUCGUCAUCAGCAAGUUCAUCGAGGGCGCCCAGGAAAUCGACGUCGACGGUGUCGCGUCUAAGGGUGAGCUGGUCAUCCACGCCAUCAGUGAGCACGUCGAGCAGGCUGGUGUCCACUCUGGUGACGCUACUCUGGUCCUUCCUCCCGUCAACCUCGACGACACCACCAUGGGACGCCUCAAGGACAUUGCCGAGCGCGUUGCCAAGGCCUGGAACAUCACUGGUCCUUUCAACAUGCAGAUCAUCAAGGCUGAGAACCCCGAGGGCGGCGAGCCUCUCCUCAAGGUCAUUGAGUGCAACCUCCGUGCCUCGCGAUCUUUCCCCUUCGUCAGCAAGGUCCUUGGCCAGAACUUCAUCGAUGUCGCCACCAAGGCCCUGGUUGGCAAGGAUGUUCCCAAGCCUACCGAUCUCAUGGCUGUCAAGCGCGACUACCUUGCCGCCAAGGUUCCUCAGUUCUCCUGGACUCGUCUCGCCGGCGCUGAUCCGUUCCUGGGCGUCGAAAUGUCAUCGACGGGUGAGAUUGCUUGCUUCGGCAAGGACCUCGUCGAGGCUUACUGGACCUCUCUGCAGUCGACUAUGAACUUCCGCAUGCCCGAGCCCGGUGAGGGUCUGCUCUUCGGCGGUGACGUCUCCAAGACGUGGCUGACCCAGGUGGCCGACUACGUCGCUCCCCUUGGCUACAAGCUGUACGCCGCUGGCAACGAUGUCAAGGAGUUCAUCGAGUCUACCUGCAAGCACAAUGUCACCGUCGAGGUCAUUGAGUUCCCCAAGGAGGACAAGCGAGCCCUCCGUGAGGUUUUCCAGAAGUACGACAUCCGCGGCGUCUUCAACUUGGCUCUGGCCCGUGGCAAGACGACUCUGGACGUCGACUACGUCAUGCGCCGAAACGCCGUCGACUUCGGCGUUCCCCUGUUCAUGGAGCCGCAGACUGCUAUCCUCUUCGCCCAGUGCAUGAGCGAGAAGCUGCCCCGUAAGGAGGGCAUCCCGUCAGAGGUCCGACGAUGGUCCGACUUCAUUGGCGGCAAGCCGCUGUAA